CGUUAUACCCUCUCGAUUAUCCCCAUUCUCUCCCUCAACAACUCUCUCUCUCUUCAACAACUUUCUCUCUCCUCGCCGCACCCAAAAUGGCUUCCCUCGCCCCCACCUGCUCCCCCACCUCCCUCCAGCUCCGAUUGGCCUUCGCCGCCCCCAAAUUCCCGCGCCCUCCGCACGUCCGCAUCCGCACCCACAGCCGCCUUCGCUCCCUACGCGCCUCCGGCUCCGAGUGGGCCGGCCCCGGGCCCAGACUCGACGGCCUUUCGGGCUGGUCCGACACCGACGCCGACCAACGCCCCGACACCACUCCGAAGAAGGACUCGUUUGGAGGGGUUGUGGGAGUAGGAGUGGCUGGAGUGCUUCUUCUUUCAGGGCUUACCUUUGCUGCCUUAUCUCUUGGCAAACGAACUGGUUCCAGGCCAGGGCAACAGAUGAAGCCCUUGACUACACAGCAGGAGGAACACUUGUCUUCUGAUGACCAUAAUGAUGAAAUAACAGGACAAGUGAAUGUUGACAGCAAGGCGGAGCAUGGAAAUGGUAAAAUUGAAGGUCAGAUAGAUAUAUCCGAAGAUUAUUCAUCUGCUGAGUCUGGUAAAAUUUACAGUACCAAUAGCAUUGUUGAUGAUUCCGAUAUAGGAUCCCAAUUGAUAUAUAAUAGUAAAAUCCCCUCUGAUGGUGUUGAUGAUGCCACUAAACAUAUAUCUGUUCAAGAAGACUUACAGCAUGAGUCAGCUUUUGAUAACAAGUUAGUUUUUGCCAGUGAAAGCCCAGUACCACUUGAAUCUGAAAAUACUGUUGAUUCUUUUAAUGCUUAUGGAUUUAGAGAUUUUGAUGGCAACCCUACUGUAGAUACAGCAGAAUCUACUUCCAAUCUUAAAGAAAACCUAUUCAAUGUUGAACCAGGAGACUUGUCCAACUAUGAUGAUGCUAAGCCACUGCACCUUAAUACUGAGCAGCAUGAUGAAAUAACCAGUUCAAGUGGCAGUGUAAGUUUUGGGGUUUCCAAAGCCUAUUCUAGUUCAGGUGCGGAUAAUGAGACUGAAAUUGUUAGUGUUGCGGUUAAUCCUGAGUCAAAUAACACAAUUUCAGAUCCCGAGUUUUUCAAUGAAGCUGGUCAAGAGAAUAUUCUGUCAGCUUCAAAGAAAGAAAACCUUGACCUGAACAAAAUUCCACAGGUCUCUGCUGAGGGAAACGAGCCAUCCUUCAAAGAGCCGAGUGUUACUGGAAAUGACCUGUUUGAAAAGUCAUCUGUUUCAUCAUCAGCCAAUACAUUAGUAGAUGAGCAGGUUAGAAAUGAUAAUGACGAGGUUGAUGACGUUAAAUCUGAAUCUCCAAAGUCUGGAUCCUUUUUUUCUGUUCCUGGCAUUCCUGCUCCAUCAGUAUUUUCAGCAGCUGUACAAGUGCUUCCUGGAAAGGUUUUGGUUCCUGCUGCUGUUGAUCAGGUUCAGGGGCAAGCACUUGCUGCAUUGCAAGUUUUAAAGGUUAUUGAGCCAGAUGUUCAACCUACUGAUUUAUGUACCCGUCGUGAAUAUGCACGUUGGUUGGUGACUGCUAGCAGUGCUCUUUCAAGGAGCACAGUUUCAAAAGUGUAUCCUGCCAUGUACAUAGACAAUGUUACUGAGCUUGCAUUUGAUGAUGUAACCCCUGAGGACACUGAUUUUUCUUCCAUUCAAGGAUUGGCGGAAGCUGGACUUAUUGAAAGCAGGCUUUCAAGACGUGAUAUACAAUUGUCUGCUGAAGAAGAUGAUAGCCCGUUUUACUUCUCCCCUGAAAGCCCCUUAUCACGUCAAGAUCUUGUCAGUUGGAAAAUGGCCCUGGAGAAAAGACAGCUUCCAGAAGCUGACCACAAGAUGCUGUACCAAGUUUCUGGGUUUAUAGACACUGAUAAGAUACAUCCUAAUGCAUGCCCUGCUCUAGUAGCUGACCUAUCUGCUGGGGAGAAUGGAAUAAUAGCUCUUGCAUUUGGUUAUACCAGAUUGUUCCAGCCAGAUAAACCAGUAACAAAGGCCCAAGCAGCUAUGGCUAUAGCUACUGGAGAUGCUUCUGAUAUAGUUAGUGAAGAGCUUGCACGCAUCGAAGCAGAAUCUAUUGCUGAAAAUGCUGUUGCUGCACAUAGUGCUUUAGUAGCUCAAGUAGAGAAGGAUAUCAAUGCAAGUUUUGAGCAGGAGCUAUUCAUAGAGAGGGAAAAAAUCAGUGCUGUUGAAAGAAUGGCUGAGGAGGCAAGAUUUGAGUUAGAAAGGUUAAGAGCUGAGAGAGAAGAAGAAAACCUUGCACUGAUGAAGGAACGUGCUAGUAUUGAAUCAGAAAUGGAGGUUUUUUCAAAGUUGAGGCACGAGGUUGAGGAUCAAUUACAAAGCCUUAUGAAUGACAAGGUAGAAAUAUCACAUGAAAAGGAGAGGAUUAGCAAGCUUCGGGAACAAGCAGAAGUUGAAAACAAGGAGAUUGCUCGUUUACAAUAUGAGCUAGAGGUUGAACGGAAAGCCCUGUCCAUGGCCAGGGCUUGGGCAGAGGACGAGGCCAAACGAGUGAGAGAACAAGCAAUAGCCUUAGAGGGGGCCAGAGAUCGUUGGGAGAGGCAUGGAAUCAAAGUGGUAGUUGAUGAUGACCUUCGCAGAGAGUCCUCGGCAGGAGUUACAUGGCUCAACGCCUCCGAGCAGAUCUCUGUUCAAGGAACAGUCGACAGGGCUGAAAACUUACUGGGCAAGCUCAAACAGAUGGCAGCAGAUCUCAGAGGAAAAUCUAGAGAUACCCUUGACAAAAUCAUCCACAUGGUUUCCCUGUUUAUAUCAAAAUUGAGGGAAUGGGCAUGCAGAACAAGAAAACAGGCUGAAGAAUUUGGGGAAGCUGCCAUCUCAAACACAGGUAAGUCAGCCAGUGAGUUGCAGAAGAGUGCCCUUGAAUUUGGAUUUGGUGUCAAAGAAGGUGCAAAGCGAGUUGCUGGUGAUUGUAGAGAAGGGGUUGAGAAAAUCACCCAAAAAUUCACACAGAAGUUCAAGACCUGAUCUUUUCUACCCUCAACAUUUUUUCAGGCAUAUUGGCCAGAGGUGUAGUUUGCUUUCAUUUUCUUUGUUCAGUGCUUCAACAGAGACGUGACAUGGGCAGUUUCCAACAUAUAAUAACUGCCUUCAGAAGAUCACAACAUAUUCAUGUGAAACCAUGCUUGUAUAAUUGAUACAAGGAGGAAUUGUAGCAGAGGAAUUACUAGUUGUAGUUCAACAUGUUGCCAUGUCUGCAGCACAUCUAGAGUAAAAGAUAAGCAGCAUGGAUAUUUUUCUUUUGAAGCAUGAUGAUUACAUGUUGUCAUUCUCAUUCUCACUCAAACACCCUGUUUAAUAAGGAACAUUUCAAUAAGGGUGUUAGCAUAAUAAGUGAUUUCUUUUAAACUGGAUAAAGAUGUUGGCUUGUGCUUCAUUAUUUCAA